AUGGUAUCUCACCAUGGUUACGGACCCCAUGGAAAAGGGUAUGGAGGUCCGGGCGGAUUCGGGGGCGAAGGAGACUUGAUUGCGAAACACUACAUGAAUAAACUAGGUUACGGCAGUCACGGUGGUCCUAAAGUUAAACACAUACCCGUGCCAAUGCCAGUACCAAACAAGAAGACGGUGGUGAUUCAAGGUCGAGGCCAAGGUGGUCAAGGUGGUAGACCGAAUCGCGGACCGAGCGGUGUAUUUGUUGGUGGAUUUGGUGGAGGUAUGGGCAAUAGUAUGGGUCCAGGAAUUGGAGGAGCUGGUCCCGGCCUGUUGUCUCCAAACAGCGUUGAGCUUGCCCCCUUUCCGAGCCAAACACAGUCCGGUUCAGUCGUGCGGUCUGCCUCUCCGAGGCGAAAUGUUGACAUCAGCUCAACCAUAGACUUCGGUCUAAACGGCAAUAACGGCAUGAACGGUUUGAGUCCUGACCUCGGCAUUGGGUUUGAUGUUGGAAUGAACGGCAACAAUGGCUUAAAUGGCAUGAAUGGUCUCAACAUGGAUUUCGGAGGUCUCAAUUCAGGAUUAGGUCUUGAUGCUGGAUUGGGAUUGAACGGAGUUGGCAUGGACGUUGGUCUUGGAAUGAAUGGCGUUGGCGUAGGCAUGGACCUUGGGCUUGGCGGUGGUGUUGGAAUUGAUUUUGGACUGGGCGGUAGCCCAGGAACGGGUGGAGGACUGGACUUUGGACAAGGAGUUGGCCAGGGAACCGGUGGAGGAAUAGACCUUGGACUGGGUGUUGGUGGUGGAACUGGAGGAGGUAUUGGUGUUGGACUUGGAAGCGGACUCGGUGGAGGUCAAGGCAGUGCAGGAAUGAAUUUCGGCACUAAUGCAGGCAUGACGUAA